AUGUAAAAGGUGUUGAGAUUCAACUUUGGGGCAUUGUAAAGACCAAAAUUGCACAUUUUUGAUAAUGGUAGUAAACAUACACCAUCUGGAAUCAGGGCUACAAUUCAUGGGGGUACCAGUUUUUCAGGGAUUUACAUGGGUGGUAUGCUUGGAAAUAUAGGAUCAGAAUUAAUAUUUCCUCACAAUCACUAAUAUAAUUAUGAAGAUCAUGUUAGAGAAUUGAAGACAACAUCAGGACCUGGUUAAAAUUGGUUAUUGCACGAUAUGAAUUAUGAUAACAAAGAGAUGAUAGAGUGGACAAUGAAGAAUUCAAAUGUUGUUGUUAAUUUAUUGGGACCAAGAAAGCAUUUAAAGAACAGAAAGGAUUUUGAAUGGAUCAAUAUCACAGUGCCCAAAAGGAUAGCUGAGGCAUGUGCUAAAAACCCAGGAGUGAUCAGAUUGAUUCAUUUUUCUGCUUGUGGAGCCAAUCCUCAUGCUUAGUCUUUGGAUUUACAGACUAAAUACAUAGGAGAAUAGGAGGUCUUAAAUGCCUUUCCAAAUGCCACUAUUUUCAGACCAAGUGUAAUGGUUGGAGAUAAUGAUGAUUUCGCUUAUCAUUGGUAGGUUCAAAAGAGAUACUUCCAUAAUUUUAAUAUUGUGCCAGAUAAUUGCUAAGCAAAAAGACAACCUAUCUUUGUUCAAGAUGUAGCAUAAGCUAUGUUAAAUGCUUUAAAAAUGCCUGAAACCAUUGGACAAACAUAUGAAUUGGGAGGUCCUCAUGUGUAUACUUUGUUGGAAUGUUACGAGAUGUUUCAUAAUAUUGUUCAGAGACCACCAAAAUUGGCUCAUGUGGACAAGCAAUUAUUAUUAAAAAUUGCUUAAUAUAUUCCAAAUUGGAAGUAUUUCAAUAUAGAUUACAUCUUAAAGCAUGGAGACGAUAUGGUAGUUUAAGCUGGAUCAAAAACAAUAGAUGAAUUAUGCGUUAGACCAUUGUCAUUAACACAAGCACUCCAAAAUAUCUUCUGGGAUAUCCAAGCUCGUUAUGGUGGAUCAAGUGAAUUAUAUGAAAGAUGA